AUGUCCGCCAUGGACUGUGGUGCCUCCAAAAUGGCUACCCAUGCAUGCUUCCCGGCCCCGAUCCAGACACACAUAAGGAACGAAGAUUCUUAUUCGUCUGCACCAAGCCACGAUGCCAUGGCAAUUCCUGACCCCAUCCCAUCGCCACGCCGAUGGUCUCCUACAUAUCAGCCCCGAAGGAGGAGCAGGCAAUUUCCGACAUUGUCAUUCGUGCCGUCCCCCACACUCCCACGCGCAGAGGCUCAUGAGUAUUCAACAACAUCUCUCUCCCGGCGGCCUGCGAGUCGAGGCCCAUCCAUCAUAUCACCAUUCCGAUCCGUACGCAGAAUGAAAGAACCAUUCCAGUUAAUGCUUCCAUCUUCCCCAGCGUCUUGCGAUAGCGCACCCACGUUCCUUCCGAAGUCAACCAGAGAAUCCAAACCACUCUCAGGUGGUCAUACACUGCGAACAUGGCGCUCUGAUCAAAACCUCACGUCCUCUAGCAUGUCAGCAUUUGGUUUGUUGCCCAGUCCACCAAUCUCGGAGUCUCGGCCAGCAAGCGCCGGAGCAGAUUCAUCCUAUUUCGCAUGCAAAGAUCCACCGCUAGAAGAAAGAAACAGUGUUUCAACAGUGCCUGAAGGUUCCAACGAAUCCCCAGCACAGAGUGACCAUAGAAUACUGGUGGAGGAUCCUGAGACAGAAGACGCAAUGAACUAUCACGCUUACCGCCCUUCUGGAUGGACUGACGAACCCUGCGAACAACCCGAAGAGCCAAAAUGGGCAGAAGUGACCAACGUCCAUGAAGCACAUUCGAAUCUCGUCCGACAAUGUGAAGCCAAUGACUCGAGCUUUACCAGUAAAGCUCGCGACAGACGAUCAAGUCCCACUAAGUCGCCUGCACAGCUCCCCGCUUCAAACCAUGUGCCAGGUAGUUCCCCAAGACCUCAACGGCCAAGGACAGCAACUGUCUCAAGUGAAGCCAGUUGGAUACCAAGUAACUUAGCGUAUUGUGAAACAUGGCUGAAAGGCGUCCCUUUUGAUCCGAUGACCGGAAAAAACGAAAGCGUUAAAGAAUCCAAUCGUCGCAAAGUGCAAAUUGUUGAGCAAGAUCAUCAUCCAAUGCCGAAAAUAGACGUCAUCCCCGGGGUCAAACCCCUCGCUCCACCUCUGAGAUUUGCCGUUGCAAGCAAGCCCAAAAAUAAACCCAGAUUGGUUGAAAUCGCGCGGCAAUCGUCCCCUUCAAUGCCACCACCGCCGCCGCCAAUCUUGAACCCGCAUCCUCUACCAAUGACACCAGAUCAACGGCAAGAGGAGGUAUCUGCUUUCAGUCCAGAUACACCACUGAAUACGCCAUUAGACAUGUCGGAUAGUGGUUACGGGACUCGGGAAUCUGCUUACUCUCUAGAAAGCUAUGAAGAUAUCAAAGAUGACGACGCCUAUACUGAUCCUGGGUCAUUGACAUCAGACAGUGUAACAUCAACCGUCGUGGGCGAACGGCCUGAUACCGCGCAGGGAGAGCGCAAUAAAUCACCCCGCCCGGAAAUCCGGUCUGGCAGUGUCAGCCCAGAAGCAACAUUACGAACAGACCAUAUCCCUAGUCCUAAAUCUAACGGACCUAAAAAAGAAGAACCAGAAGAAGCAACUCCAUGGGACGAGGCAGAUCAUCAGUGGACCCUGGAUGAUCACGAAUGGACCUUGGAUGAACUUGAACAUUCUGUCAAGGAUUUCCCCCGUCAUAUGCUUCGUCUUACUUCACCGGCUAUUUUGCAUGUACGCAAAAGCGAUGACCGGGAUUUUCUUCGACCAUUCCGCACCAUAUUCCCAGAUGUCACAGAGAGUUUACUGGACUGUCUCUGUGCAGCGUUAAUCGCACGCAACUAUCUCCUCUCUUUAUCUACUUUACAUCGUCAUAAACCUUCCUUAUUGGCACGAACCGAUACCUAUGGGAUCGAUGCCAUCCCCACAAAAGCAUACAGCACACUUGGUAUUCAAAUUCCUUCUGGAUCACCUGGACGUGUGAAAGACCGCGUCCUUGGACCUCGGAGUACGGAGCUUCGCCGAGAAGUCGAACGAAUUAUUGACAACUUGCUAUUUGCUAUAUGCGGUAGAUCCGACGAAACACUCAAAUCAGCCAUUGAAGUCCUAGCACAGGUGCUAGAAGUCAAUGCAACUUGA